UUUUUUAAAAACGCAUUUUUUAAAGCUGUUGCUAUGGUGAUGAUUCAAGAACAUACCACUAAACUGAAAAACGGUUAUUACCAACAGUUUAAAUUAAAAAAAGCCUGACGGUCGGAUAUCAGACAAAGCAGCAGUGACGAAAAGAAGAAGGAGGAGCAGCCAUCAUGCCAAAGAAGUCAAAGAAAGGAGGUAGCCCUAACCCUCAGGAAGAGGAAGGGAUGGCCGCCAAGAACGUACAUAGCCGCACGCUGUCUCUGCAGGCCAAGUUGGAGGCGGAAAAGAGGAACUCUGCUGCCACGAUGCUGAAGGUGAACGAAGGCUGGAGGUCGAUUCUCCGUCAGACUCAAGACACCGAACUGCGUCAACACAUCAUGAUGCUCAAACAGCAGUUUGAGCGGGAGACAGACGGCCUGGACAAUACCAUCGAGAAUCUGGAGUGUGGCCUGCUGCAGAAGGAGCGUCAGUCGGCUCAGGUGCGCCGUGCUCACCUGCAAAACGUGGAGAGUCUGUGCGCUCUGCAGGAUAAACGGCUGAAUUUAGUGCAGGAGCCGUGGGAGAACUGCAUGGAGCACAUCAGCUCCAAGUUGAACUCUCAGAGAGAGCUGUUGUUGGCAGAUUCUCAGCAGCAGGAAGACAAUCUGGAGGCCACAAUGUCCCUUAUGGAGGACAAGCACAAAGCAGUGAUGGAAGACAUGCACAAACUGUAUUCACAAAGCACCAAACUGUAUGAAUACGCCUAUGAAGAAAGGAAAGAAGCUGAUACGGAGAAGAAGGAAGAAUCCAAACAGAAACCCAAGUGGGAACCCGAGAAUGACGAAUGGUUCAGGAGAAUGAUGGAGAAAGAUACGUUUGACAUUCAGGAGGUUAACAAAGACAUAAAGAAGAUGAUGACGGAUCCUUUGAUGAGUAGGAGGAAACAAACCCUGACCAAAUUAUUGAUCCAAGAAGACGUGAGAGCCCAGCAACAGCAGGAGAAACUCCGGCUUCAUAAUCAGCUGGCUCAGGUUCAAAAAGAUGGAAGGAAACGGCUCACCAACCUCACCAUGCAGAGCAACAACGCCACCAAGAAACUGCAAACAGUUAUUGCCAAGGGAGAGAGGAUUUUACUCCUUGGUAAAGUAUGUCAGACAUUAGAGACAAAGCUGGAGAAAGCCUCAGCAAUAUCAUUUCCUACAAUGGAACAUCGAGAGGAGAAAACUGAACCGGAGACAGAGGAACCAGCCAAGAAGGUGUCAGAGGUUCCAGAGCUGCAUCAGCUGACGCAGCGCCUGAACCAUGUGGUGCUGCAGCGAGAUGCUCUGAAGAAACACAAAGUCGAACUGAAGCAAGAGAACGAGCAGUUGAAGCUGCAGCUGCAUAAGCACCUGGACGAUAUGACACUCAGCAACAACACCUUCAGUGCACCCGACGCUCCUCUGACUGUGCACCAGGCCCUUAUCACCAGGGCCCCAAAGACCAAUACCCUAAACACCAAUACCCCAAACACCAAUACCCCAAACACCAGUGGCCCAAACACCAGGCCCCCAAAGACCAAUACCCCAACCACCACAAAGAUGUAGGUGUAUGUUAGCAUGCAGUUCUUAAUCUGAUGAGGUCCGUCGUGCACAUGUAAAUAGUCAAAUGUAUGUUUGAGGUUAACUUCCUUUGUUCCUUUGGAAAUUACAUUAUUACAAACACUUAUUGUAGGACCCAAUAAUCUUUGAUGAAAUAUUAAAAUGAACUCCUUGAUUUCAUGGUAAACUAUCAGAAGCUCAAGGUUGACUUAUUUAGCUUUUCACAGUAGCUUUAAACCCCUUGUGAAGGUCUUCAACGGAAGUUGUUCAAGUGUUCCUGAUUUUGUUAGUAGUGUCAUUUGUUGUCCUAAAAUGUCCUCACUUAUUGUUGACACAAUAAAAAUGGAGAAACGUG